ACUGUAAUCUGAUACAUUUCCUUUAACGUGUUUGCCGUGCUGAGGUUGUGACGCGACAUAGUUACCUUGUUCGUUCACCUCUGGUUUCUACAAGUGGUUUCAGAGCGUCGCGAACACAGAGAAAAGUGUGAACUUGUCUUCACGUAUACAGUGAGAAGAAGAAGAAGAAGAAGAAGAAGAAACACGCCAGUUGUGCGUCACACGCGCAGAGUAACACGGGACGCUGCGUCAUGGCGACAGCGGGGCAAAAUCCAGUCGUUUCCUGAUCGGAGUUUCAGGACCGUGACUGUGGCUGCUGUCAGAAACACAUUAUGGUUUACAGUGUUUCACAUGCACCAGAGGCCAUAGUCUCACACAGAGGUGGCCCCAUUUAAAAUGGAGGAGCUGUCUCUGAUGACAUUACUAGAGUGUCCUCUGUGUUGGGAGCAGCUGGAUGUGUCAGCCAAGGUCCUGCCAUGCCAGCACACCUUCUGCAUGCCCUGCCUGCAGAGGCAGGAGGCAGAACACUCCCAGCUGCUCUGCCCAGAGUGUGGCGCCUCUGUCCCGGCCAGGACGGUGGAGGAGCUCCCUGCAAACCUCCUGCUGGUGCGGCUCCUGGAGGGGCUCCAGGGCUCCACGGGGCCCAGCAGCAGCAACAGACAGAGCGGCCGCUACGCAGUGCCUUUGGCAAGAAGCUUCUCCACAGUCAGGGAGGGUCAUCAACAACAACAACAACAACAACAACAGCAGCAGCAGCAGCAGCAGCAGGAGGGUCAACACAGGGAGACGCAAGGGUACAGUGAGCUUUCUCUCAGAGCUUCGAUGAGAAACAAGCGAGGCGAUCCAGCCGGAAAGCUGGUCCUCGCGCACGAAAACGGCAUCCCCCCGAAACACAAAGUGGAUGACGACUGGCACCAAGUAAAUGCUGGUGACAGUAGCAGCGUGACCGUCACUGCCAGCACACAGCAGGCCGUCAACCAGACACUUCAGCUGCAGCCACUGCAGCAGUCCCAACCACUGGCUCUCCGCAGGGCGCUGUGCAACUUUAAUCCGGAAGAGAUGAAUCUGGAAGACAGUAAAUAUUGUCUCAGCUUCAUCAAGGGAGACGUCCUUACUGUCAUCAGACGGGUGGAUGAACACUGGAUCGAAGCCAAACUCUGGGACAAAGUUGGACUCUGCCCUCUGCAGUUUACAGAGCCAAUCUCAGUGGCUGCCAAAUUCCUGGAGGGAAAGAGUCGGAGGGUGAGUGACUCAGCAGAAUUUCACCAUCGAACCAUUGGGAAAGGGGGCAAAGAGAAGGCCACUGACUCAUCCAAUAGGACCACCCAUUACGGACAGUCUCAAGUUCCAGCUAAGACGCCCAUCAUCAAUGCUUUGCCCAUCUCCAGCCUGCGGAAACAGCCCAUAGCCAGCAGCAGCAACUUAUAUCAGAUAUCCAAGGGAGGGACGAACAACAGUCACAACUUCAGUCAUCAGACUCAGCCACACCGUCAGUUUGUGCCCUCUGCUGCUCGCAGCCACUCUCACCCGUCCAGGGUGAACUCUCACCGAAUCAGACGCCACUCUGACAACACACACAGACACCUGUCACAGAGAGAGAAGAUGACCAGUGAGACUUCACCCACCAUUUCCAUGGCCCUGGUAAAUCCUCAGAUGUCCUCUGCCUCCACAGACAGUAAAAACACCUCCACACAACAGCUUUCCAUCAGUGUGUGUGCUGUCCUCUACUCGUACAAACCACGACGGCAAGAGGAGCUGGAGCUGAGGAAAGGCGAGAUGGUGGGAGUGUAUGGAAAGUUUAAAGAAGGCUGGUUGCGUGGGUUGUCACUCAGAACGGGCAAAGUGGGAAUUUUGCCCAGCAACUACAUCACGCCAGUGCUCAGAACCUCGGCCAGACUUCUGGAGACAAAAGCAGCGAAUGCAUCCUCACAGUACAACAUGGUAGCUGGGAAGAAACCUACUUCUGCCAAGAUUCCUGCUGUGGUCCAGGCUCUUGAUAGGGUUAACAAUGAUGGAGCAAUACACUCAACAGGACGGAUCCCAUCUGUGGCAAAUGGAGCUCAGCAUGCAAUGUCAUCCACUGGCAAUGGAAAACUGUCUUCCUAUGGUAGAGCACAAGGUUGGGACACUGUGAGGCGAAUCUUUAACCCUCACAGAGAUGGCCUCUCGACAUCAGAGCACUUUGCACAAGUUCAGGAAUCUGGCUACUCGCCUGCCAUACAGAAGAAGAACCGCAAAAGCAUCCUGUCCAAUUCUGGCAGACUACUUGGCUGGAUGACUGAGCCAACAGCACCCUCUGCUGCUGCAGUCCUGAAGGACAGGGACUUCACUGCUUCACAUGAGGCGACUGUUCAGCAUGAAAGACAGCCUAGCAUUGGGCCUCAGUCAAUUUUAGUCAGACCUGCUUCACACAAGAACAAUACAGAAAAGCCUGCAAAGUCAGUGCGGUUCCUCACAGAUGAAGAGUCCCCUCCUCCGAGUCCUUGGACCUCCUCUUGGUCCUCAGGAAAUCAGGUCUCCACCAGCGGUCAAGCAGGCCCUCCUCUUUUAGAAGUUUGGGCCCCAUCACUCACUCUGGGAAGAGAUGGUCCAGGGAUCAUUCUCAAGGAAGGAAAAGCUCCUGUGCUCCGGAAAGGCCUCGAAGCGACCAUCUCCAACCUAAAUUCAAAUCUACAGAAACCAGUAUCAUCACAGCAGUCCCUAUCUGCUGUAUCAGCUCAGUUUAGCCCCAGCAGACACAGAGUCAACACAUCACACCUAGCCCAGACAGACUCUGAGCUUAGUCUGCUUCAAGGAGAGCUCGUCCUUGUCCACAGACCUCGACCUGACGGACGGAUUCUGGUUACUCAGGAAAGCAGUGGUCAGACAGGGUUGUUCCACAGCAGUGUUCUUCAAGCCCUCGAGAGGCUCAGCUGACUGUGUGGUACCAUUGUCGUAUUUUUAUAGUCCAUGUGUUCAAACUGCCAAAUGACCUGUCUCACCUGCUGAACAAAAUGCAUUUUACGAAUGCCAAAUGACACUCCUGUGAAGGAGGUGGGUUUUUUUGUCCCGAGAGCUUACAAUAUGAGAGAAAGACUUAAAUUCUCCUAUAAGAAUAUUUUGUGUUCUUCAACAUGUGUGCAUGUUUGUGACACAUGUACCGUUUACUGUACGUAAAAGAUUUUGCACAAAAACCCACUUAAUGACUGUUCCCUGCUUAAUACCCAUGUGACAAGCAUUGGUGAGUGCCUUUGUCAAAACCCACUUCGUAAACAAAUAUAUUUAAAUAUAUUUAGAGAGAUUAUAAUGUAAUAUCUGUGAUAGUUAUGUGACAAUAAACUGUACAAGUACACAAGCAAUUUAGUGUCUUGAGGUGUGUACUGUAAACGCUGAA